AUGGCGAGUAGGGCGGGAGCGGACGCAGGGACCGGGCAGUGGCGCGUUGUCGAGGGUCGCCGCGGCACUGGAAGAGCCGUAGGCGGGGAGGACGGAGGAGGCGGCGUCGGAGGUGAACUUGCCGUAGGGGAGGAUGAGGCGGCGUUGGCGACGGAGGAGAGGAGGGAGUCGCGUUGGAUUGGUAGGGGGAGUUCGUUCAGAGGUCGCAUCUGUCGCCCCUCUGCCCGUCCUCCUCCGGAGCCGCGCUCCAGCUCGACGGGUGCUUCGUCCGCUACGAUAACGAGUCCUUCAUCGGGAAGGAGGAGACCAAUUUGCUCUACAAGAAUUGCGGGCCCAAUCCUCGCAACGGACGAUAGUGCACAAAAAGCAGGAAAGACAAUAGCAGUUAUCAUUGGCCUUAUGGCUGGAGUUGCACUCAUAAUUGUUUUUGCAUCAUUCAUCAGAAGAAGAACCAGAAACAGUAAACUUUAAUUGCUUUGUUAUGAAGGAUAUCGGUGGCAAACUUCCAAUGGAGAACGUGUCUCUACCUCACACCUAAACUCUCUCUUUAGGGGUUUAGGGUCCUUUUUCAUAAUUUUUUUUUCAUAAAAGAUAAAAGAUAAGGGCCCCUUUAACAAAAGGUAGAGGUACAAGGAAAAAGGUUAUUUUGCAAAAUAAAAAGAUUCCAGGCCCACCAAGCUUAAUAGGGCAUUUUUACUUUUGUGUAAUAUAAAUUGCAUAUGUUUAGUUCUUUGUAAUUGUUCGUGGCUAUAUAGCCUGUAUGUGCAUUUUUCUAGGGUUCACGGGUUUGGUGUCUGGAACAUGAUUAGUUGUUGUCUUCUCUGUAAAUAAUGAUCUAGUGAAAUGGUUUUUUUUCUGUAAAUUAUGAUCAAGUGAAAUAGUUUUUUUUUUCC